AUGUGGUCCGAUAGAGCAGUUGCCAGCCAGGGAGGCCCUGGCGCCUCGACGCCAUCCAACCUCCCAUACUCUCCAGCGCGGCGGCAGUCUCAGCUAUCUGCUGCUAAUAAACAGGGUCGUCCAACCUUUAGUCCUCGUUCCUCGUCACUGUCGUUCUCACCAACCCCGAAUACCUCCACUAGCUCUCUUCCAGGCACCGUCCGAGCCGCGAAUGGGCUCUCGAGACCGCCCCCAUCAGCCGCGAGGAACCAAAACUACCCUGACCCGGUAGAUGUUUUAAAUAGCAUUAUUGGCCAGCGGCAUGGCGGUUCCAACUCUGAUGUUGAGGCAACCCUGCCGCCAGAGAAGCCAGAUGUCCUCUCUGAGGACAUCGAUUUCGGUGAGCUCAGCUUGGAGGAAUUUGCCCGGCGGAUAGAGACCCAACCGACUCGUCCGGGGCCUAACCACGGGCUACAAUCCGUCGAACAGUAUGAGAGAGAUCGAAAUAGAUUUGAAGAGCUUCACAAUUCGAUAUCAGAUCUAGCUGAAGUCACUCUAACAAGACUUACCUAUAUAACUCAGGGAUGCGACGAAGUAUUGAAAUCUGUCGAGUCAUACCUUACAAAGUUUCAGGCCGAGCUUGGUGCUAUCUCCUCAAAGAUCGAGUCCCUGCAGUCCCGUUCGUUCAGGUUGAGCUCACAGCUUGAAAACAGAAAGAAUGUUGAACGGAUCCUUGGCCCGGCUGUUGAGAAAAUAAGCCUAUCACCAAAAACGGUCCGGUCGAUAUCAGAUCGUCCUAUAGACCAAGAAUGGGUCAAGGCCCUUACCGAGCUUGAUACCCUCUCUUCGACUGUCAAGUCGAAUAGCAUUACCCCCGAAACUAUAAAGGCUAUCGAAGAUGUGAGGCCCUUGUUGACGAGCCUGGAAGAAAAGGCAGUUGAACGGAUUCGGGACUACCUAGUCACUCAGAUAAAAGCUAUUCGAUCUCCGAAUAUGAAUGCUCAAGUGAUUCAACAACAGUCACUCGUCAAGUACAAAGAUCUAUAUGCUUAUCUCACGACUCAUCACCCAACACUAUCUGAGGAGAUAACCCAAGCAUAUGUCAAUACCAUGAGAUGGUACUAUUUGUCAAAUUUUACUCGAUACUCUCAAGCUUUAGAUAGCCUGAAGCUUUACUCGAUCGAUCGAAAUGAUCUCCUCGGGGGUGAUGUAUCCUCACAAAGAACGGCACACGGUGGCUCUGGUGGCCGUAGCCCUGCGCUUGCUGCCCAUGACCCACUUGCUUUAGGCCGACGUAUGGAUAUACUGAAAUCAGGCUCUCCCAUGGCACUUUCGUCUUACUUGGCGGAAGAAGACAAGUCCUCCCAUGGGCUAGAGGUUGUCUUCCGAAACUUCAACCUAGCAUUGAUUGAUAAUAUCUCCGCCGAGUAUUCGUUUAUGGCUGAGAUGUUCGCAUCUAAAACAAUACACUAUACGACACAGAAAGUGUCGGAAAUAUUCGAGCCUACAUUUGCUUCUGGUCAGGCUCUGACAAAACAGCUCAUUGAAAACACCACUGAUUGCAUCGGUAUUCUUCUUUGUGUUAGACUCAACCAGCAAUUUGCAUUCGAGAUGCAACGUCGGAAGGUUCCCGUGGCGGAUCCCUACAUUAACGGUGUCAACAUGCAGCUCUGGCCUCGAUUUCAGAUGAUCAUGGACAUGCAUUUCGAGUCUCUGAAGAGGAUAUCAUCUGCCUCUGCUCGAAGUGGUCUUUCGGUUCUGUCAUUGACAUCCACUGACGCCCAAUCAUCUGCACCGCAUUUCCUUACACAGAGAUUCGGGCAAUUCUUGCAUAGUAUAUUAACCCUAUGCAACGAGGCUGGUGAUGAUGAGCCGAUCUCCAACAGCCUGGGCAGAUUAGUGAAUGAAUUCGAUACGCUUCUUACCAAACUGAGCAAGAGCAGUGGCGACCCGAAGAGAAGAGAACGUUUCAUUUUCAACAAUUAUUCAUUAAUACUUACUAUUAUCAGCGACACAAAAGGAAAGCUGGCAACUGACCAGAAAGAGCAUUUUGAGCCGUUUGUGAGAGGAUCAGGCGGCCGCCGAUAA